AUGCUUUUUUAUCUCUGCUUAUUAUUUUACUUAGUCAGCGGUUUACACUCUGUUAAGAUUCCAAAAACAGGAUCACCUCCAAAAGCAAGAAAAUACUCAUCUGCAACUUAUGAUUCCCAUGGAAAUCGAAUGAUAAUAUUUGCUGGCUCAUCAGACCAAAGGGAGUAUUAUAAUGAUAUUUGAAGCUUUAAUUUCGAUACUUUGGAAUGGUCAGAACUAAACCCAUCAACUCCUACAUCUCCAUCUCCUCGCGUGAGCCCUGCUAUUUUCUACGACGAAAAUGAAAAUCGAAUUAUUGUAUUUGGAGGAAAAACUUAUUUAGGAAUUGCUUCAGAAAUUUGGAGUUUCAAUUUAGAUUUUUUUAUCGUAAAAUUAAUUUAGUGAGAACAAUUAUCUUUUAGCGGCUCAAAAUUUUAUCCAACUACGUUUGCUGCUUCUUGCUCACUUAUAUGGAAUAAUAAAAAAUAUCAUUCAAUAUUUGGAGGAGAAACGACAGAUUCUGUUUAUAAUCGACUUUAUUUGUAAAUAACAUUCAGGCUUGAUCUUCAAAAUACAAGUAUUUCAUUAAUGCCUAAUAAUGGAAAUUCUCCAAAUCUAAUGCAGUGUGAGAUGGCAUGCGAAAAGGAUUCUAUUUAUGUGUGGGGCGGUAUAAGCGCAAACUUUGUUUAUAAUACAAACUUAUACGCUUAUAAUUUAACGUCCCAAUGGUGAACUAAGGUUGAUAUCAGCGGAAAUGUGCCUCUUGGACGAAUAUUUCACAGUGUAAAAAUUUACUCUGGCUUCUUUUAUGUCUUGCCUGGAUUCAAUUAUAACACUGAUGGAGAUCAGGUGAACAUUUGAAGAAUAAACUUAACAAGCGUAAACAACUGAGAAUCUGUAGCUUUCACUAAUUCUUCAACAUCUGGACGAAGCUCAGCAGCAAGCAUUUUUGUUAAUUCAAGCUUAUAUCAAUUCAGUGGAUCAACAGUAACAAAUGACUUGAUUUUGAUGGAUCUCUCUUUGCCAGUCCCGUAUUUUGAAACCAUUUCUAGCCAAUGAACAUCUCCUCCUCCAAGAAUGAGAUUCUCAAUGGUUUCGAUUGAAAGCUAUUUAAUUGUUUUCGGGGGGAUGGGAGGAAACGAUGAAUUGUAAUUUUCAAUUAGAUUGAACGACUUAUGAAUUUUCGAUAUUGAAAAAGAGCUCUGAAGUUCUCUUGAAACCGCUGUUGUGCCUUCUGCAAGAUCAGGACAGGCCACAGCUCAGAGUGCCUUUGGGAUGACUGUCUUUGGAGGAGAAGAUAGCACUGGUUUGCUUAAUGACAUGUAUAUUUUUUCAUUUAAGUCGCAAAGAUGAAGCCUUAUCCCAAGCACUGAUAAUAAUGUUCCAAGUCCCAGAAAAGGUGCUUGCAUGUAUGUUAUCGAUCGUUAUGCAGUUCUGUUCGGGGGAAUUUCCAAUAGCGGCUAUGUAAAUGAUAUAUGGCGCUUUGAUAUAUACGAUUUAUCUUGGACUGAUCUAUCUCCUUAUGAUAGUUCGGUACCCGCUAUGGCAUGGCAUCAGUGCCUCAUAAAAUAUGAUGGUGCAUCAUUUAAUUACUAUGCUUUCUUUGGACAAAUUGCAGGAGCAUUUCCAAAUAAGUCAAUUUACGGUUUCAAUUUAGACACUAAAUCUUGAGCACUUUUUAAAGAUUUCAAAGCAAAUGAAUUUGGGUUGGCUCCUAGUGAAGCAACAGUAGCUGUGCUUCCUGACUACAUGGUGAUAAUUGGUGGUGAAUUUAGUGAUUUUUAUGUGUCUUCCUCAAUCUCUACAUUAUCUAUAAAAAAUUUCACAAUUUUAUCAGUAGAGUAUAUGGAUAUUCCCUUAUUUUCUCACCAAUCUGCUUAUUUUGCUGACAAAUUAUAUAUUUUUGGAGGAAGUCUUUCUAUUAAUACUCUCCUUGCUGGAAAAUUGACAUCAGGAACACUAUUUAAAAUGUCGUUUGAAAACUCCCUAAUUCGCUACCCAUGCAGCAAAGGUUCUUAUCUUAAUAAUUCUCAAUGCUUAAUAUGCCAGCCUGGAAGCUACUCAGAAGAAUUUGAUUCCACUGAGUGCACAAAAUGCCCAAAGGGAACGUUUUUAGACGAUUCUGGAGGUCAAGCCGCUUCCCUUUGCAUUCCUUGCAGAUAUGGAAGCUACUCAGACGAACUUGGCACUGAGUUGUGUAAAAACUGCCCUGCUGGAAUGCAGUGCGAUGUAGGGAGUACAGAGCCUAUGGAGCAAAUGUAUUUGCCUUCAGAGUUUUCGAAUCAGCCAAAACAAUAUGAAGGAGAUGUGAGAGUGGUAAAUUAUUGGUCUUUGAUACUUGAGAUCAUUAUAUCUGUGCUAAUUUUUUUGAUAGUUUUUCUAGCCUUCUUUAGCAAAAAAUUUUGAGAUUGAGUUGCUAGGGUUGAUAUAUUUGAUACUCAGCAUAAUAAAGAUAACGAACCAAUGAUAAAGAGAAAAACGUCUGUUGGAGGACUAUUUUCACUAAUGGCUUUGCUAUGAGCUGGAUUUUUGGUCGUUUUGACAACUUUACAAAUAUUUUAUGAUAAUAUUACCGAAACAAAGGCCCUUAUUCCUUAUCUAUUCUUAGCGCAAGAAGCUGGAAAACUUUCUGCAGAUAUAAAAGUUGUGGUGAGCUUAUAUAAUUAUGGUGGAAAUUGUACUGUAAAUGACAGUUGCGCGAAUGGAAUCAGCUUAUCUUGGACGGAUACAGCUCAUGAUGACGUUACUUUGAAUUGCUAUUUCACCGAUAAAGUUUGCUAUGUGUUUUCUGAAUGCAAAUCAUGCGUUUUAUCAUCAAGUUCAAGUCUAACCCUCAGUUUAUAUGAAACUAACAGCUAUGCAAGCUAUUUUUCAGUGAACGUUACUUCAGAUUCUUCAAUACCUGGCGAGUCUAGCUCUUAUGCAACUUACAUACAUCCUCCUGAAGGUACUAUUUUUAUUGGACCUCAGGCUACAUCUGUGGAUUUUAUAAUGACUCCUUGUGUAAUUUUUAUAUAGUUAUUCCUUGCUCAGUCUUCAGAUAAAAACAACCAAACAGGAAAUUUGGUGUCUUUUGAUAAAUAUGUGCUUGGGUCAACUGGAACAGUAGAGUCAAUGACAUAUAAUAGGUAUUUUGAAAUUCUCGUCAAUUUCAAUGUAGAUAUAUCUGGAUUGCUAAUAGUAAGAACACUCAACAUGGAUUUUCUUCUAUUUUGAAGCAGCGUUUUUGGAUCAGUUGGAGGAAUAAUUGAGGUUGCGGGACAUUUUAUGGAGCACUUUGAAGAGGGAUACAAUGAUAGAAAGGAAAAAAAGCAGCUUAAGGAGGAAAGGGAAAAAAGAAUUUAUGAAGUUGAAAAAUUUAAAUCGAUUUUUCAUAGUUUUGCCGAUAUCAAAGGGCAAUCCAAGCAAUCAACAUUUGAUCUUGAAAAUGCGUCGGAAGCAGACCCGUUUUAA